AUGGAGAACACAGAUAAUCUCAGUAAUCGUGGAAGCACCCAAAGUUUAACUCAAGAAACCACCCUGACUUCUACCCCUAUAAAAAGUGAUGAUGCCCCCAUUUUGCAUAUAGAGGUUCCAGAAAUUGAUGUAGAAGAAGAUGAAAUAUUAAGUCAGUCUAGUACUGGUGCCGAGAUUCCUUCCAUUCUGAUUACCUCAGAAGCUGAUCCCAUUGAACCUGAAGAUGUGAAAGUUCCUAUAUUAGGAUAUGAUGUUAUGGAAGCAAGGUCUAAAUUUACUAAAAUCUAUAAAACAAAGGGUAGUAAGAGUAAGCAAUCCAUGCCUACCGAGCAUCCAGAAAGAUCUUCCCUAGUAGACAUUGCUGGUAUAAAAGUUCCUAUUGUUGGGUAUGAAAUUAUGGAACAAAGGGAGAGAACUAUUGUGUAUAAAAUAGAAAUUGAGAGAAGUGGUUUUGAUCGUUGGUUUGUGUUCAGAAGAUAUAAUGAUUUUUACCAGCUGAAUGAUAAGUUAAAGAAAAUCUUCCCGAACUUCCGUCUGUCUCUACCACCCAGAAGAUGGUUUAGAAGUAAUUAUGACAGAGAGUUUCUAGAAGAGAGAACACUGGGUUUACAGGCCUUUCUAAAUAAUAUUACUGGACACAAAGAUAUUUGUAACUGUAAAGAAGUACGCGAAUUCUUCUGUUUCGAUGAUCCACCAGGUCCUCAUGAUAGUCUAGAAGAAAGUAGGACUCUAUCCCACUUUAAGACAUCCUGUAUAUCUAUUUGUACGCUCUAUCCCACUUUAGUCAUCCUCCUCUAUCCCACUUUAAAACACCCUGUAUUUCUAUUUGUAGACUCUAUCCACUUGAAGACAUUCUGUACGUCUAUUUAUAGACUCUAUCCCAUUUUAAGACAUCCUGCUCUAUGUGAGAAUUUAGAAGAAACUAUUUAUGUGUUACGGAGAGAACUAGAUGAGAAAACUGAAGAGAUAGAUAUUCUACAUGAUGAAAUACAACUUUAUAAAAGUCAAGUAGAAAUACUUACCAAGGAAUUAAAAGAGAAGAAAAGAGAUUCAUCUUUCGUGGCAAUGUCUCCAAUUUCUAAUCAGAUAUCUCUAGCUGAAUGUGAUCAAGUUACCAGUGGUACAGAAUCAGACCAGUCCUGUAGCUCUAGUGAAGGAAAACUGGGUAAGGAAGAGAGAAGGGUGCAUUUUCCACUGAGUGAACAGGAGGAACCUGAAACGCCCACAGAAACUCCAACAAAAACAUUCACAGAAAUACCCUCAGAAGCGACUACAGAAACGUGA